AUGCUUAAUUUACUUCUCAUUCGCGCGCCGAUAUCCGUCGCUAGUGCACGUGAUGUUGAAGAGGAGACCAUAUUGAAUAGUGAUAAUUGUGAGCAACUAGUGGAAAAGGAAGUAUUGGCAACAAGUAUGGCGGAAUCCCGCCCUGUGGAGAAAAGACAAAGACAAAACAGUGACGACACGGAAAAUGAAAAUGAAGAGUUUAUUACGCAUACAAGUAAGGAAGUGGGAUUGACAGAAACACAAGAAAUACAAAAUGAUUUGCAUAACAGUGUCUUAGUUAAUACAAAUAAGAUUUUAGAGACUAGAUCAUAUAGAGAUGUUUUAAUUACAACAAAACAAAUGCCAAGUAUUGAGGAGCACGAAGAUAUGUCAAAUGAUGUAGAAGGAAUGAAUGAUGAUGAUACUGAAGGUUAUUCAAAGAAUCCAUGUAGUUCACGAGGUAAUAAAAAAAAAGAGAAUAGAAAAAAGAAUUCAAUUAUAGUUCAAAAUGUAAAUACUGACGACACUAAUUAUCUACACACCGAGAAGUCAGCAUCCUCUAUAGAAUUGAACAAUAACCAGGAUGUAGAGAAAGACAAUUUAAAUAAAUUUAAAGAUUUUUUCAGGAAGCUGAAAGAAAUUAUUCUAUCGAAGAGAGACUUUAAAGAAAAGAUAUGUGAUGCAUUCUACUUAGUGAUAGAAGAAAUUUGUAUCUCAUUUCCAUCGUUGAGAAAAGUAGAUAUAGCUAUGAAUUUAGAUUGGACAACUAUUAAUGAAAAUUUAGGCAGCGAUCAUUUAAUGUUAAAGUAUACUCUCCGUUAUAAAGAUAAGUUAUCGUUUACUAAAAAAAGGAACUAUAAAAAUGCUAAUUGGAUAGAAUACAAAAAUAUAUUAGAAAAAGAAUUUAAUGAAUUUGAUUUUGAAACAAAUGAUAUUCAAAUUAUGUAUGAUAAGUUCAUUCAGCGAAUAAAUUUAGCUGCGGAUAAAGCAAUACCAUAUAUAAAGUACUGUAAUAAUUUAGAUCAAAAAUUUGUUCCCAAACCUUUUUGGAAUCAAACAUUAUCUAAAAUAGUUGCUGAGAGGAGGUUAGCACUUAAAAAUCUUAGAAGAAAUCCAACCCCUCAUAAUCUAGAUAUAUUAGAGCAAAAAGUAACUGAGGCCCGAAUGUUAAUAGUUAAAGUUGAGUCUGAGAGUUGGCAUUCUUUUUGUAGUGAUAUCGAUGAAAAUACAACUGUAAUGGAUAUGUGGCGUAAGAUGCAAUGGAUGAAAGGCUUGAGAAGGGAUAAAAUUUGUACAUCAGAUGAGAGAAAACAGACAUUAUUAGAGUCAUUGGCUCCCGACUUUGUAUUGCCUAACAUACCAUUAUUAAGAUCAAAAAAUGAAGCAUUAGAAUCUCCAUUUACGUACUCCGAAUUGGACAAUACUUUAAAACAAAAAAAUAGUUCUCCUGGAGAUGACAAUAUCUCUUACUCGAUGGAGUGUAAGGAGGUUAAAAAUCAAACUUGGCGCGAGCAAAGCCACACGCAAAAGCUAGUAAAACGA